GUAAAAAAAAAAAAAGGAGGAUUGAUAAGGAAAAUUGCAAGGUGAAUUAAAACGUCACAUGCAAGAGUGAUAGGAAGAUCCUUUCAAACAAGGAAGAAAUAUGAUGAGUCUUACCUCGGAAAGCUAACCCUCCCUACUACAGUUGUUCUUUUGACCUAUCAUAGUCCCAUGUCAUGUGGUGUUAUGAAUAUAGAUGACUCCCAAGUUAGUAAAAAUCUAUACACCAAAUCUGAUGAAAAAUACAAGCUGGGUCCUCUGCAUCUAACUGUGCCUGGAAGUAAGCACUUUUGAAUAUAGUAAAAUUUUAACAACUUUGGAUUCGAAAAAGUUUGUGUAGACUCAACUUUGAACUUAAAAAGGUAAACAUAAACCGAAAUAAAAUAAUAAUAACAACAAUAAUUAUAAAGGAGGUGACAAGUAAGUGAGAGAGGUGCAGAAUAUAAAAAGGGUUGUUCUUCACUCACUCUCACUCACAGCCAGUCCAUAUGCCAGUUAGGAAAUAUUCUUCCCAAAUCCAAUUAAUGCUGCCAUUAACACCUCUGCCAGAGUCUACCAUUCAUUCAGUUUCUGACUAACUUCUUUGAUUAGGCCUCUCAUAUUAAAACCAAAAUCCCUCCCAUUCCAUUUUCCUCUUGUUUCCACCAGAUUCUGCUUUUGGAAGUUCAAAAUCAAAAAAAUGAUGCAGGACUCAAUUGGGAUCAAUAUUCCUGCUUGCUUUUCUUCUUCGGCAGAGAAGCAGCAUGGUGAAGAUCAUGGAGCGGUGACCCGUUCAGGCCAGAGCGUCUACAUGUCCGUGUACAGAACAAAGGUUGCGGACCACUGCCGUUUGAUCACCAUCACGUGGUGCAAAAACCUCUUGCUUCACGGGCUUUCGGUGUCAGUGGAAGGCCCUGAAGGAGAAGAACAGUACACCUGCAAGGUGGAGGUGAAGCCAUGGUACUUUUGGAGGAAGCAAGGCUCCAAACGCUUCAUAGUGGAUGGCAAAGCCGUUGAUAUUUUCUGGGACCUUAAGGCUGCCAAAUUUAACGGUGAAACGGAACCAACCUCGGAGUACUAUGUAGCGGUGGUUUGUGAUGAAGAGGUUGUGCUGCUGCUGGGUGAUCUAAAGAAAGAGGCAUACAGAAGGACGGGGUGCAGGCCAGCACUCAUUGACCCCAUUUUGGUUUCAAAGAAAGAGCAUAUUUUUGGGAAGAAAAAGUUCUCCACAAGAGCCAAGUUUCAUGAGAAGGGUAGGUGGCACGAGAUUUCAAUCGAAUGCAAGAACAAGGGAAAUAAUAAUGGGGAGUCUCUGAGUGGGGUUCAGCCAGAGAUGGAGAUAAGGAUUGAUGGGCACUUGGUGAUUCAUGUGAAGCACCUCCAGUGGAAGUUCAGAGGCAACGAGUCAAUUCAUCUCAGCAAAAUGAGGGUGGAGGUAUAUUGGGAUGUUCAUGAUUGGCUAUUUAGUCCUGGUUUAAAGCAUGCUUUAUUCAUUUUUAAGCCAAUUUUAUCACCCAGUACCACCACCACCACUUCUUCAAUGUCAUCUUCAUCACCUUCAUUAUCAUCAUCAUCAUCACCUCCCUUAUCUUCUGAUCAGACAAGGGGUUCUGGAUCAGUAGAGGGAUUUAGUGUUAGUGGGUCAUCAGAGUUUUGCUUGUUUCUCUAUGCUUGGAAGGUUGAAUGAAGAGGUUAAUGUCAUAUCAUCAUCAUCAUCAUCUAUAAAGAGUGGGAAAAUAAGGUUGAAAAUGGAGUUGGUCUGGUAGUGAUAAUGGAAUGGUGAAGAUGCAGGAUGAGAUUGGGUUGAGAGAGAGAAGAGAGAUGGGUUUGGUUGAGAUUGAGAAAGGGAGUGGGGCCAAAGGGAGUUAGUUACAGCUGGGGUUGAGCAAAUGCGCAUAAUUGUGGACAAGACAGAUUGUAUCACAUUAACAAUCGCACACAUGUCCAAUAAUUCUCCAUCCAGAGGCAUCUACGUCUCCACCUACAUUUUACCACACUGGAAAAUGCUCUUUCUUGAUCCCAUCUUGGUAACCGAGCUGUUUAUGUUUCCUCCAAAAUCUAUCAACCAAAGGUACAUCUUACCUAAAUUUUCUAUCACAAAAUAAUGUAUGUACACACAACAUUACUAAACUGAAUGUUUGUAUUUGCCCAUAAAAUUAUAUCUGUUCAUGCAUGUGACGGAAAAUGCUACCCCGGAAAGAGAGGAUGGCUGUUUGGUGAUGAUGUAGAAACAAGAGUACAAUAAUAAUCCCAGUAUGUGCACCUCACGCACAUUAAUACACAUGCUUCUCUUUCUAGUAGUUGGAUUAUCAGUAUCAUCCUCAUCAUUAUUGUUUAGCCGCUGCCUAAGUUCA